AUGUCCUCCAACACGGAUGACAGUCUGAGACUCUCGCAGCUCCAAUCCGCACUGCCUCCUCCUCCCCAGUAUACCGAAGCGACCUUACAAAGUGACGUAAAAAUCAUCGACAAUUCAAAUUACAACCGUGGUCCAUGGCUACUCCGACGGACCUCAAUUCACGUGGAAAGUACACCCAACGAUGCCUGGCAAGACGACAACUCUUCUCACCGAGAAAUCGCACUCUCCAUUAGAAGCAACGAAGAGAAGAAGGCGCUACGGAAUCUGUUGACCAGAUUUGGCAACAAACCAGCCGAAGACCAAAGUGAAGAUGGCAGAACUCGUUGGGAUGUAGGCCAACGUCAUGACUCGUCCGACUUUGGCACGAGUGUCUUCAUUCAAGCAGCACAGCCGCCGAAAGUCCAGACACGGGAGCGCCAUGCGAUGAAGGGGCUUGAGCAAGCCGCGAGUGUGAAAAGGUGGCCAGGUAACGGGAACCCUGCUGAACCAUGGGGCAAGCUCGCAAAGGAUCCUGAACUUUGGGACCCUGCUGGAGAUACAUUGGUAUAUUACGGCUACCAACGUCCCCAAGCUUCCUUCCGAGUCAAGUCAUCGACUUUGGAGGAAACGAGAUCGGAAACACUCGCCUCAAUGCUGCAGGAAAGCUACAAGCGUACCCCGAAAUCUGCACCAUCCGUAAUAUCCGCUUCUUCUCCAGAACGGGGUGUCAAGAGACUCGGACUUGGUCGUCGGGCUCCGUCUUCGGCUUCGGUGAUCAGCAACCCCGGAAACGAGGCUCAGAUCCGACAUGAGAUCCACUUUCCGGCGCCCGAUGGUGCUUCCAGGACUGAGAUCUUACGGCACCAUAUCACCACUCGCAACUUCUUCGCCCUUCUGUUGAACAAGCCUCUCGUUGGCCUAACGUUCUAUCAAGCGCUCAUAGACCUGCACGAACGCCUCCUAGUGUUUAUGCCAAGGGAAUCUAAUUGCACCGACGUGGUGAUCGGAUUCUUGACGAGGAAUCAUCUGCACAAUAUCUGCAAUGACCCCGCAGCUGCAGCUGGGCUACUUGCUUACAGCGAAGAUGACGAGGUGCAGUGGCCGGAGGGUUGGCGGGAAGGUUUCGUUCACUGCAGCGGCAUGUACACGAAGCUGCGAGAGCUACCAGAGUUUCGCGAUGUCAGCCACGUCUCUCGGACGCUUCUUGAGCGGUCACAUCUUGAACUCCAGGCUAGGAUCCAGGUUGCGGAGGACAGAUUGUCAGCUUUCGAUUUUGACGACAUGUGGCCCUCUCACACAAUUCAGCCUCCUGCCGCUCGACGUACAUUCAACCACUUCCGCCGAUUUCUGCUCCAAUUCUAUGAGAGAGCCUACAAGACUUGGCCUCCGCGCGGGAUCCAAAAUAGCAAUGGCAAUUGGCUGACAAGGGCCGUCAUAACCCACCUGCAAAAGGACUUCGGUUCGCUUUAUGACUACUAUGUUGAUCGAGACGUCGUCUGGGCCGAGACCAAGGAGCCCAGCGAGCGGUAUCGAGUCAUGGUGCGCAAGAAGAACACAGCGGUCUCCAAAAUAAACAAUGAUGGCCUCGAUCUCGCCAAGCUCUUCGUCCACUUCGACCACAAGCACAAGAAUCCUCACAUUCCGCAUCCGUACCCGCUACUGCCAGAUUCGACGCCCGUCGGCGACACAGGAAAGGCGCAGCAAAAGCAAUCCCUCUUCGCCAGCAAGUCCAAAGCCUUGGAGAAGCAGAUCAUCCACGCGUACUCGGUAGCCAGCAAUGCUCUCCUUCUAGGCCCCGACGUCGCCACCAACAGCUUAGUCGAAGCGUUCCAGCGUUUCGAGAAGACGGACCAUCUGGGAGAGACGGACCCUCGUGAUGCGAGGAAAGGCCGAUGGAUCCUUCUCUUUGGCAUCCUGCAGGUGCUCUCGCACGUGUCUGCUGACACGCCAGAUCUAUGGUUCAAGGACGAUGUCUCUUACUUCUUGAUGCCACGACUCAAGGGAACACCGCCCUGGGUCACGGGACCGGGGACUGUGUUCGAGGAAGCCGCGCCAGCCGCAAGUCACUGCUGGAGGGUUUCAAAAUCUGCGUGGGGGAAAGAUAUACUGGCUACUUGA